UCUCCGCAAGCGCGUGGUGGACAGGACUUCGUGUGCGAACAAACACGAGAGUUUCUUUGCACUUCCGUACAGCAGUCUAGGUCAAAGUGCGUUAGUCUUGUCUCGUCCCAAUUUGGACAGAUCGUCUAAAAGAAGGCAGCAGUGUAGACAAACAGGAAAGUGUAACGAUCACACAGGCAGAUACGGCUAUAGCGCAGUAUAGGGCUAACGGAGACCCAUCGUGCUGUAGGCUGAGAGAGCGAGGAGUUUCUCUGUUGACAAAACUCACUGAUCCUACUGUUGAACAUUGCCGAUGCUGCUGUGCUGAAAUGACUUUGACCUUGAUGAACCGAUGACCUCACAAGCCCUACAGCUUGGUUCGUGCCUUUGCCUAGACUUCACGCGUGCGUACUAGGCGCUAAAUCUUCUCUGUGUACUUCUGGAGGUACUAAGUGCGACUAGUAAUCGCUAAAUCCCGCACCGUCCGGCUGGCUCCUUGCUAUCUCCACAGCCAGGAAGCGUGCUAAGUUUAGCGCUAGCCGAUGCACUAGGCAAAGCGGGAGAUAAGCAACUCGGCUUCGUGCUACGUUGUCACCUGGCGUGAGUACCGCGCACUGAAAUUAUUUUUUACUCAACAAGAAACAACGCUGUGGCUCUGUGCUCGGCCGUUGUGUAUGGUCCACCCAGAACGACAUUUCCUCCUGUGUCCCGUCAGGAAGUAGUCGUAGAAUUUCUCGAAUUGGCUGCCUCGGCAGAGGGCAACAAUGGCGGGAGGUGUGUUGGAAGUGGUGGCUCUGUUGGCCCUGUGCCUACUGUGGGCUGCCCAGGAAGGUCAUUGUACCCAGUUCCUGAAGAAACCCGAGACCAUGGUUGUAUCCUCCCAGGCCGGAUCAAUGCUGCACUGUCAAACUGACUCUAAGCGCGUCACCACAUAUGCAUGGACAUUCAACGGACAAGAUCUCCCACCAAAAGUCAAGCAAUUCAAGUACCGUAACCAUACCAACGGAUCGCUUAGUCUCUUCUCCAUCCAGCGUUACCCUAACUACCGUACAGAGCCACUACGGUUUCAAUGUCGUGCAACCGAUGCACUGGGCACCGUUAUCAGCUCUACUGCCAGCGUCAGCUUAGCUUACUUGGAUCCCUAUCCUUCAUCAGCACGGGCACGAAGAGCACACGGUAUACCCGGUAACACAGCCGUUCUCUCCUGCCCGGGACUGGACACUGUGCAGAGUAGACCUAAAGCAGAAAUCGUGUGGUACAAGGACGGUAAAAAGUUGACUGUUGAUCGUGCCUUGGUCUUGCCUAGUGGAGAUCUACAACUGGCUAACUACUCACCAAAAGACAAUGGCCGAUAUCAAUGUUUUCUUCUCAACAAAUUAGCACAGGCUAGUCCAGCCACAGCCACCACGCCGAGAAUACCUGGUUUUGCGUCUCCUCCUGGUGGUGUUGGUAAUCCUGGUCCUGCUGCUGGUGCAAGUCCUGGUGCUAGUGGUCCCCCUGUUAGUCCUGGUCCUGGUGGUCGUGCUCCUGCUAGUCCUGCUGGUCGUCCUGGUGGUCCUGCUGGUUUUACCCGUCCUGCUGGUUUUACCCGUCCUGCUGGUUUAGGUCCUGGUGGUCCUGGUAGUCCUGGUAGUCCUGCUGGUCCGGGUAGUUUUACCCGUCCUGGUGGUAUUCCUGGUCCUGGUCCGGCUGGUUUUACCCGUCCUGGUGGUUUCCCUGGCCCUGGUGGUCCUGCUGGUUUUUCUGGUCCGGGUGGUCCUGCUGGUCCGGGUGGAUUUACCCGCCCUGGUGGUUUCCCUGGUCCUGGUGGUCCAGCUGGUUUAACUGGUCCUAGCGGCCCUGCUGGUUUAGCUGGUCCUGGUGGUCCGGCUGGUCCGGGUGGUUUUACCCGUCCUGGUGGUUUUCCUGGUCCGGGUGGUCCUGCUGGUUUAACUCGUCCUGCUGGUCUUGCUGGUUUUAAGCUUCCUGCUAGUUUAACUGGCCCGGGUGGUUUUAUCCUUCCUGCUGGUCUCCGUACUCUAUCUGUUGGUGGUGGUGGUGGUCCUGGUGGUGUUGCUAGUCUAACUGGAGGUGCCAGCAUGCCACAUACACAGCAAUACAUGAGCCCCGGCAUCAUACUAACGACAGAAACUCUAAAUCCCGUCCUUACAUUCCAGAAGCUGCCUCCAUCACGUAGCACUCGGCCAAUACUAGCAACCGUCGGUGACAAUCUCAUCAUAGAGACCGUGGCAACAGCUCGCAUCAAUCCCACCAUUAGCUGGUCAAAGCUAAAGAGUGGUCAGUUGCCAGCAGAUAGAUUCCUCCGUCUUGGCCAAGGCAAUCUUCAGAUCAAGUCUGUGCGGGUGACUGAUAGCGGUUACUACCGUAUUACGGCGCGUUCGGAGAGCGAAGUCAGCAAUCACUUCAUCCAUCUGCUAGUCCAAGAAAAACCAGCUCCGUCGCUAAAACCUGCAAUGCAAACAGUCAAACCCGGUGCCCUAGUAACCCUAGCGUGCACUGUCACCAACACGCCGUAUUCUGCGCUGUCAUGGUAUCAUAACGGCAAGCGCAUGGUUGAAACCACGGCAACCAUUACCCUAGAGUCGGUGGAUGUGCAGCAUGAUGGCUACUAUCAGUGCUUUGUCGGUAACAACGCCGGCAUUGAUAUGGCAACAGCAAGGAUCAAGGUAGAAGCCACACCAAGCUUUGCAGUUGAGCCACUCAUCAGAGUAGCUAUCAACGUGUCGCAAACACUGCGUCUGUCCUGCGCCGUCACGGGGAAACCCCUUCCCAAAGUGUCAUGGAGACGGAAUGGCGUUGCCAUGGAUAUGAACGCGCAGUUGCUAGGCACGUCUAGACUGCAGUUUCUGGAGGAAGAGGUGAAGUUGAAGUCUGGAGCGAUUGCAGUACAAUCUGAGUUGAUCGUUAACAACAGUGCUAGCGAUGUGAUGGGAUCCUACUCUUGUUAUGCCAAGAACAGUUUGGGAGAGACGCGAUCACAAGCCACCCGGGUAGAAGUACAGGGUCCACCAGAGUUGAACAAUCUGCAAGUUAGCCAGUUUGCCGUCCUAGGUAAACAGGCAUUGCUGCGGCUAAACGUGUCCGGAUUACCAGCACCCACUGUCGAGUGGACCGUGCCGAAAGGAAACCGACCGGCUGGCAAGCCAGGGCGUAUUGGUAAAACAGCUGACAAUAACCUGCGCAUUGACAAUGCCCGACUGCACGACAGUGGCAACUACCAUGUGGUAUUGCGCAACAUGUUUGGUAUGAUAUCAGCUGACAUCACUCUGGAUGUGUACUCAACUCCAUCAGUGCUGGGAGUACGAUCACAAGCACGGACUGUGAAGUUGGGCGAGUCAUUUUGGCUAUCCUGCAAUGUGACAGGAGUUCCACAACCCAACAUCACAUGGUACAGAGAACAGGAUGCCAUCACGGACACAUGCUGCGAGAAGUCUAAAUAUUCAAUAGAGUCUGAGGAAGUUGCUGAGAUCCCAGGUGAAGAUAAUGUUCAAUACACAGUGGUCACGACUACACUGACUAUCCGUAAUGUGGAGUUCAGAGACCUCACCAAGUACUCAUGUCGUGCACACAGUCACGGUGGACUGGCCAUGGAACCCAUGACUCUCAGAUUCGGUGGCGGUCUGCCCGGUGAGGAAGUGAAUCGUGUGAAAGGUCCGCUGGAGAUGCUGCCACUGUGGUCCAUAGCCCUGAUCAUUGCCACUGCUGUACUGCUGAUCCUGGCCGGGUUCAGUCUCUACUGUCUUUUCAAACACAAGAAACGAGAUCGCAGGCUCAUUAGAAAGUUAUCUCAGCCACACGCAAACGGAUCAAUGGCCGGCAUGACAAUAACCAGCAAUGAAAGAGUUGUAGGUGAUGGAGAGGACAGCAGUCCACGAUCCAGCAGCAAGCGGCAGGCUACCGAAUCCACACAAUACCCUCUAGCCAUGAAGAAACUGUCACAGCCUAUUGAGCCAGGCCGCACGCGUAGUGGCAAGUCGGAGCAGCUCAGUGCUCAGGACAGUGCUGCAGAAUCUGAUCAAGUUCCCGGGGGAAAUCCGUACGAAAGGACCCCAGGACCUGGUUACAAUACCCCGGCUGUGGAGGGGGCGCAGACCACUGACUUGAAACGUCACACUUCCCGCACACCUGUACCGGCCGCACGCAGUCGCCGUGGUCGGUCACCGUCAGCAGGUCCUAGCGAGACCACUACCUACACGGGUAGUAGCACAUUUGCACCGGUAGACACACCCACAACUGACGGAUUGACACGUCCAGUACCCAUGCAACGCAAAGACAGCACUGAGGGUCCGAAGUCACACCGACGAACACACUCGGACAGCAAGGGUGGCAGGCAAGCGCAACAGGGAAGAACGUUUGUUUCCCGAAACGCUAGUGCAAUGACAUCCAGGGAACUGCCAUUACCAGAACCGACCGCUUGGACACCUCCGGUUGUACCUAAAUCUCGCCCUCUUGAAGAACCCGACCAGGACACCGUGACUCAUUUUGGUACUAGUAGUCCUGCACCUCAAGUAAAGCCUAACUGGGCCGAGUCCACCAACUACAGCCAUGUGUGAGUAAUGAUGAUGUCAUCCGUGACAUCAUACUUUAGUUUGAGGGAUGUGAUCAUGAUGCAGGCCUUCAGCAUUACGUUACAAGCGGGACUAAAACAAGAUGUUGACAUACCAGCCAGCUGAUCCGAAACAAUGUUGAGACUACUGAUCCUGAUCCUGCCACACUGCUAUGCUCACAUCACUCAUUACUAGUGUGAGCUAGCAGGUUGUCAUGACAUCAUCAUAGCCUAAUGAUGUCAUCAAUUUGAACAUGUGUUUAUUUUACUUAUGGAAAGGACGUCAUCAUUGUGUAUCUAUUAUCAAAUCCAUCACGAGUUUAUACAGCUCAUAUCAUGGUGAUGUGACUGUGGCCUCUCGGUCAUUCAUUGGUUGGCAGUAGAUGAGGUUUCUCACCCCUUUCCUCCUGUGUACAGAGUAGAGGUCAGCUGCUCAUACUCUCACAGCAUGUAUACAAUACAAGAACUGGCUGGUUCUACAACGGCCACAGCAGUUGUACAAUAUACUCAGUACAUGCCACGUAUGAUCAUAAAUCCACUCAGCAUGUUUGAUUGCUCUGCAACUAUAUUUACAAGUACGUGGAAUUUCAUGCAUAAGAAUUUUCACAGAUUGACGCAUCAUUAUUUAACUUCAACUAUACGUGCGUCAGACUAUAAAUGAACAAUAUUUCACAAUGCUAUUCACCACUGUUGAGAGAGCUGCUAUUAUACCAAACCUUACUUCAAGUAAGUUAUGCUCAGUGCACCUAUAUGUACGUACGGAGAGCUUUAUGUAAGGUCAUAAUGACAUCAUAGGUCUAUAUUUCUGUAUCUGUACUUCAAGUACAUUUACAUAUUUUUGUAUUUUCACCCAUGCGGUACUCUCUA